AAUGUCUCAAAGAUAACUUUUACCGCAAAAGACAUUGUUGUGUUGGAAUGGAGUGGAGACUUGCUUGCUGUGGGUGUGACAGAGAAAGAUGUGGUUAGAGAUGAAAACUCCAACUUCAAGAAUCCACUUUUGCAUAAGUUGGAUGCAAUCUUGGGUGGAUUGUUGGCUCAAGCUUCCUCAGAGGAAGAUUUCUCUGGAAAAGGCCAAUCUGUUGUUUCAAGAGUUUAUGGCUUGAGCUUUAAGAGGGUUGGUUUAUUUGGGCUUGGCAAGUCAGCUUCUAGUGCAACAGCCUUUGUUGGUCUAGGUGAGGCCAUUGCAGCAACUACAAAGACAUCUAGGGCAGUUUCGGUUGCUGUAGCACUUGCCUUCUCAGAAGACCUUUCAGAUGAAUCGAAGCCUGAAAUUUCUUCAGUCAUUGCACUAAGUUUUCUCUGCAUCAUAGGGAUUGUCAUUGGAAUAUUUUAUGACAAUAGAUAUAGAUCAGACCCCAAAAUGACCGUACUUCAAUCUAUGGAUGUUCUUAGUCUUGGAUCUGGACCUUCUAUAGACAAGAAGUUAAAAUAUGAACAAGAUGUCAGUUCUGGGAUAGUUUUUGGAAGGGAACUUGUAAAUUCACCAGUAAAUAUACUUACACCAGGUUCCCCCCUUUUUAUGGAAUUGGCAGCUGAGGUUUUAAAGAUUACCCAAAAGUACAAUGAUGUUCUUUCUGCAAGAAUUUUCAAUGAAGAAGAAAUCAUAGAAAUGAAGAUGGGGUCUUAUCUUGGUGUGACUGCAGCUGCCACUGUAAAUCCUCCCAAGUUUAUUCACUUGUGUAACAAACCUCCUAGAGGACCUGUAUCAGCCAAAUUGGGUCUAGCUGGCAAAGGAAUUACCUUUGACAGUGGUGGCUACAACGUUAAAACAGGAGCCAACAGUAACAUUGAAACAAUGAAAAAGGACAUGGGAGGUGUAGCAGCAAUUUUUGGUGCAGCCAAAGCCGUUGCUGAAAUUAAACCUCUUGGUAUAGAGAUUCAUUUUGUUGUUGCUGCCUGUGAGAACAUGAUAAGUACAACUAGCAUGAGACCUAGUGAUAUUAUCAUUUGAAUCGUUCUAAUAAUUGAUGUUUGUGUUGAAGGUGAUAACACUGAUGCUGAAGGCAGACUUUGCCUUGCUGAUGCAUUGAUAUACACUUGUAAGUUGGGGGUUGAUAAGAUUAUUGACUUAGCUACUCUAACUGGUGCUUGUAUAAUUGCUCUUGGGCCUUCAGUUGCAGGUGCUUUUACACCGAAUGAAGACCUAGCAAAAGAGGUAUUUGCUGCUGCGGAGAGGAGUGGUGAAAAAUUAUGGAGGUUGCCAUUAGAGGAAAGUUAUUGGGAGUCUAUGAAGUCAGGUGUUGCUGAUAUGAUGAACACUGGUCCUGGUCAAGGAGGUGCUAUAACAGCAGCUCUGUUUCUAAAGCAGUUUGUUAAUGAGAAUGUCCUUGACAUUGCUGGCCCAGUUUGGAAUACCAAGAAGAGUGUUGCAACUGGAUUUGGUGUUUCCACAUUAGUGGAGUGGGUUCUGAAAAAUGCUUCUUAAGAGGUCCAAUGGUGGUUGGGACCUUAACAAUAUAUCUACAGCUCUAAGGUGAAUGCUAAGAAUUUUCAGGGAUGGUCAGUAUUGAGUGAAAAAUCUAAAUAAAAAUUGUAUUAAAUAAUUUUAGUAAAGGCUCUUGUUAAAGAUUCUUGGCUAUUCUGAGAGUUUGACUUUAUUUUA